CAUAUAAACAGGGAAGUUAACAGAGUUUGUAGGCUGCACACAGGUUUCACUGCUGUGGAUACAAUGGGAUUGUCUCCUAAAUGCACGGGGGCUCUAACACCCCUCCUCUUCUUCAUGAAGAUGCUGUUGUGUUCCGCUCUCUGCCCCUGCUCAGAUCCAGCUCUCUGCAAGCCCAUUACUGAAACCAGGGACUUUGAGGUAUUUGUUUUCCACGUGAGAGAGAAGAAUUGGCUGUUCUAUGAUUGGACUCAGGUUACCACGGUUGCAACAUUUGCUGAAUAUGAACCUGAUCUCAUGUGUUUUGCCCAUUCAAAAGGAGUAAGAUAUGUAUUAGCAGGAGAUGUUUCACUCAAAGACAUUGUGGAUCCAAAGAACAGAACAUCUUGGAUAACACAGAAGGUGGAGCUGGCAAUGCGUCAGUUUAUGGACGGCUUAAAUCUGGAUAUAGAGGAGCCAGUACUGAAAGGUUCACCUCAAUAUUAUGCACUAACUGCUCUAGUGCAAGAAACUACUGAGGCUUUCCACAAAGAAAUUCCUGGUUCCCAGGUAACCUUUGAUGUUCCUUGGGCUCCCAACUGUGUAGCGGCUCGAUGUUACAACUACACGGGUAUAGCGGAUCUGUGCGACUUCCUCUUUGUUAUGUCAUACGACAUGCCUCCUCAGUUUUUAACAGAAUGGGUAGCGGGAGCUAACUCUCCUUAUAACGAAACCCUAACAGGUUAUGAUCAGUUUAUUAACUUGGGUAUAAAUCCAAAGAAGCUUGUGAUGGGAAUUCCCUGGUAUGGUUAUGACUAUGUAUGCUUGGAGUUAACAAAAGACAACAAAUGUAUUCUUUUUAAAGAAUCACUGCUAGAAUCUGCGGCUCAGCAAGUCGGAUACAGCACAAUUAUGAAGCAGCUCAAUAGCUCACUUAGCGGAAGGAUCUGGGAUGAUUUUCAGAAAUCUCCUUUCUUUAAUUACAAGGACACGGAAGGUCUUGUACAUCAGCUUUGGUACGAUGAUCCUGAGAGUAUAUCCCUGAAGGCAGCAUAUGUGCCAAAGCGUAGUCUAAGAGGCAUCGGCAUGUGGCAAGCGGAUUGUCUAGAUUACUCCAGUGAUCCUGUGGCCAAGAAGCAAACUGAAAUGAUGUGGAAAGCAUUAAGACCAUAAUACAUAAAACAUUGCUAUUUUCUAAAUAUUACUGCUUUAGAAUCAUAAGACUGCUACUGAUGCACUGACUCUACACUGUCACCUCAAUUCUUGCUUAAAGGGGAUUGUUCACCUUUUAGUUAACUUUUAGUAUGAUUUAGAGAUUGAUAUUCUGAGACAAUUUGCAAUUGGAUUUCAUUUUUUAUUAUUUGUGGUUUUUGAGUUAUUUGGAUUUUCUUCAGCAGCUCUCCAGUUUGCAAUUUUUGCAAUCUGGUGGCUAGGGUCCAAAUUACCCUAGCAACCAUGCACUGAUUUGAAUGAGAGACUGGAAUAUGAAUAGGAUAGGGCCUGGAUAGAAAUAUGAGUAAUAAAAAAUAGUAAUAACAGUAAAUUCGUAGCCUUACAGAGCAUUUGUUUUUAGAUGGACCCCAACUGAAAGUUGGAGGAGUCAGAAGACGACAAACUCUCUGUUACAUGCCAAAACUGUAUAAUAGGUGUCAAAAAUAAACAAAUGUUUUCUGGGUUUUUUCCCUUCCAUCUCCCUUCCCUUAGGAAAGCACCCCCAUAUGUAAUAUAACGCACUACCUUUGGAUCUGCAACAGUUAUAUGCAUUUCCAGGUGGAAAAAUAUCACAUAUCUGUCUAUGAUGGAAGGUUUUCCUUGCAAUUUAUAUCGAUGAUAAAAAAUCUGUUGGCACUAAAUGGUUACACGUGUAUACACGUAUUAUUGCAUUUAACUCUAUCAAGAGACAUUGAGUUGCACAUCCCUCUUGAUUUGCAAUAAUUAGGACCUUAUAUUAAUUUGUUGAAAUUGUGCAUGCAUGGCCGUUAAGUAAAAUCUUUGUAAAAUUAGUGCUGACCAUAACUCGGAUUAAUAAUCUGGGGAUUUUUUUUCGGUUGUUGAUAUUUGCACUGAUAUACAGUAUUGUUGUUUUGGAAUACACUUUAUUUAAAAGCUGAACCAUAAUUUUUUGGAAUGGCAUUGUCUGUGUUUGUAUGGGUUAGGGUUUUUGGGAAUAAAUAAUGCCUUUUCAUUUUA